AUGGGGGAUGGGGAGAAAGAUGUACAUUCACUGUAUUAUAUCUACACUAUCCAGAACGGUACUAACCACAGUGCUGUAAUACUGCUGGAUGACAGACACAUAGACUGCUCAGAAAAAUCCCAAACUCUUAAACCAGAGUGGCUAAAGAACAUUCCAGACUCUACCUGGAAAAACAGCACUGAUAUGCUGAAGGAAGACGGACAACGGAUAGAAAACUUCUUCAAUAUAAUGAUGAACGAGUUCUCCAACCCUGCAGACGGUCAUGUUCUUCAGUGGAGGCACGGCUGUGAGGGUGAACAGAGUUCUGAUGGAUCUCUGACUGUAUUAAACAGUAUUAAUGAAUUCGGUUAUGAUGGAGAAGAUCUGAUUCAGUUUAACUUUAGCUCUAAAACCUGGAUAACUCCGGAGGAGAAGAAGAACAGAGAGAGGGAGGAGGAGUGGAACUUUGUGCAAAAUACUGUUAGGAAAUGUGAGCAGUGUGUGGAAAUACUGAAGACGUAUUUACAGUACAGAACUACUGAAUCUAAUCAGGCUACACCUGCUGUUCAUAUAUUUGCAAAGAAAUCAGUAAGAGACUCGAGAAAGCUGAUCCUGACCUGCAUGGCCACGGGAUUCUACCCCAAACACGUGAAGAUGAGUCUGAGGAAGUUCGGCACUUCAAUUCCUGAUCAUCUGAUCACAUCUUCUGGAGUCAGACCCAAUAAUGAUGGAACCUACCAGCUGAGGAAGAGUGUGGAGAUACAGGAAGAUGAUAAAGCCCAAUACGACUGUUACGUGUCUCACAGCUCCCUCACAGAACCAGUGAUAAAGAAAUGGGUAAACACCAAUAACGGUGCUGGACUGGUACUGAUUGGAGGAGCAGUUGGAGGGUUGAUUGUGAUCUUGCUGAUUGUGCUGGGCGUGGUCUUCUUUGUUCUUAGAAGGAAGAGGAUGCUUGAUGGUGCAGGACCUCCGCCAGUCUUCAUCGCUGUUCCUCAGAAUCCUAAUGCUCAGCCUGCGGGCACAGUGGAGCUGGGGGAGAAAACUGCACUCGCCUUUCCUGCAGAGACAGUCAAUUAA